AUGAAGUUCUCGCACUCGUUGCAGUUUAAUGCUGUUCCAGAAUGGUCUUCUAAAUACAUUAGCUAUUCACAAUUAAAGAAACUGAUCUAUGCAUUACAAAAGGAGCAGCUUUAUGGGACUAAAAAUUUAGAUAAUGAAACUCAACCACUUUUGAGUGGUGAUGAGAUUUACGUUUCAAGGUUCAUAUCAGCACUUGAUACAGAAUUGAAAAAAAUUGACAAGUUCUACCUCUCACAAGAGACUGGGUUGAUGGCGAAUUAUCGAGAGUUAGAAGAUGAUGUACGAGAUCUCGAGCAAGAUUUGUUGAAUAAUCGUGUGGAUUCGCUCGAAGACGUUUACCCCCGUAGAAGAUCAGCGGGUUCCGCUAGAUAUAGUAGUGCUUCUAGUUUGGAGGCAGGUGGUGGCGAUGAUGAUAUACAUUCCGGAUUUUCAACGAGGUCUCAGUCUCAUUUGGAAAAUGAUAAUGUAGGCUCCGAUAUCUAUCAAGCGAGGUCCAGAACUACUAACAAUACGUGGGGAUCAUCUUCACAAGCUCAUUUUAUUUCACCUGCUAUGGAGCGGAGGAUUAUUCUGAAGAAACGUAUUAUUGCCGUUUAUACACAGUUGUCCGAAUUGAAAAGCUAUAUCGAAUUAAACUGUACAGGUUUCUCCAAAAUAUGCAAAAAAUUCGACAAGUCAUUACAAACUGACAUAAGACAGAGUUAUUUGGAUUCACUUAAAAAGAGAUCACAUGUUUUCAAUCCUCAGACAAUCGAAACUGUACAAAAGUGCAUAACGGCUGCGGUGGUUACCUACGCAAGACUUUCUCAGGAUUCUUUCUCUUAUCCUCCAGCUGAAGAGGGUUCAAAUGUAUUAGAUAUUGAGACGGCUGAAUCGGAACUUUCAUCACAUUUACGUGAACAUGUUGUCUGGGAAAGAAAUACUGUUUGGAAAGAUAUGAUGAAUUUGGAAAGAAAGGCACAAAAUGUGAAGGCAGAGACUCGUAUGUCUAAAUUAGCUCAAAAUUUAAAGGCAAAGGAGGGUGCUGGUCGUACAGUAGAGGUACCUGCUGAAGUUACGAUGGUUCCUGAAACUCUGGCUGAAAUUCGUAAGAUGAACUGGUCUCAAUUGGGCCGGCUACUGUUGCUCCAAACAGCCGCUUUGAAAUUUCUGCUCAUCACUAAUAUAUUUAUUCUAUUACUAUGCUUCUCACCACUGAAGAACGUUUUACAAAAGAAUUGUUUUGCCAUUCUGGUGUAUGCCUCUUUACUUUGGGCUACGGAAACUAUCCCUCUGUUUGUCACUUCAUUGCUGGUCCCCAUGCUAAUUGUAAUUUUACCUGUGCUUCAAGAUCCUUCCACCGGGAAAGCCAUGGAUCCACUAUCUUCCUCUCAAUAUAUUUUGUCUACCAUGUGGAAUAGUGUUAUCAUGUUGUUAUUGGGAGGAUUCACUUUGGCAGCUGCAUUAUCCAAAUAUAACAUUGCUAAAGUGUUGUCCACAUACAUUUUAUCUUCUGCAGGUACAAAUCCAAAAAUUAUUCUAGUGACAAACAUGGGUGUAGCACUUUUUGUCUCUAUGUGGGUUUCCAAUGUGGCAGCACCUGUACUUUGUUAUUCCAUCAUUCAACCUUUGCUGAGGACAUUGCCAAGAGACAGUUCCUAUGCCAAAUCUAUGAUCUUAGGUAUUGCACUGGCAUCUAAUAUUGGUGGAAUGGCAUCACCAAUUGCAUCUCCACAAAACAUUUUUUCCAUUGGUCUUAUGGAUCCACAACCUUCUUGGGCCGAAUGGUUCAUCGUUUCGUUGCCUGUCUGCGCCUUAUGCAUCUUUGGCACUUGGGUAUUACUGUUGCUCACUUUCCCACUGGAUCCCUCUUUGAAACUUCUUCAAUUGCAUCCAUUGAGAGAUCCAUUUACCAUUAAACAAUGGUUCGUUACUAUAGUUUGUUGUGGGACAAUUGUCCUCUGGUGUAUGUCUAAUAGGCUAAGCGGUAUAUUUGGUGAGAUGGGUGUCAUCUCUAUAAUACCGCUGCUCAUAUUUUUUGGUACAGGUUUGUUGACAUCCGAUGAUUUCAACAAUUUUAUGUGGACUAUCGUAAUUUUAGCCAUGGGUGGUAACACUUUGGGUAAGGCAGUUACUUCAUCAGGUCUUCUGGCUACAAUUGCAUCUGUUAUCAAGGAAUCUGUCGAAGAUAAACCGAUCUUUGUUAUUGUUCUAUUAUUCGGUGUUGUAAUUUUAAUGACAGCUACAUUUGUUUCUCAUACAGUAGCUGCUAUGAUUAUUGUUCCUCUCAUGAGUGAAAUUGGUGCAAAUUUGCCAUCAGGAAAUCAUUCGAGAUUGCUCAUCAUGGUUGCAGCUUUACUAUGUUCUUGUGCCAUGGGAUUGCCUACUUCUGGUUUCCCCAACGUUACGGCCAUUUCAAUGAUAAACGAGGUAGGAGAUAGAUAUUUGACCGUAGGAACAUUCAUCACAAGAGGUAUUCCUGCAAGUUUGAUUUGUUACGUUUGCAUCGUCACCGUGGGAUACGGUUUAAUGGUAUUAGUAGGGUUUUGA